AUGGAUGGGAAGCGCAAUAUAGUCAUUGUAGGAGGCGGCAUCAUUGGUAGCACAACAGCCUACUUCCUCACCCGCCACCCCAAGUUCAGCCCGGCCCUUCACACCGUGACCCUGCUCGAGGCAGCACCCACCCUCGCGGCCGGCGCAUCGGGCAAAGCAGGCGGUCUAUUAGCUCAAUGGGCCUAUCCGUCGUGCCUGGUUCCCCUGUCGUAUAGGCUGCAUGCCGACUUGGCAGCUGAGCACAAUGGUGUCCAGAGGUGGGGGUAUCGCCAUGUCCAAUGUGGGAGCAUCGAGGCGGCCGUGUCCAAGGAUCGGAUAGACGGGCAGAAGCUGGCGGGCGACGGCAUAGGAGACGCCCAGAAGAAGUGGGAGAAGCUACCAAAGCAGGACGACGCAGCAAAAGAUCUUCUCGACCCCCGCACCGGCAUGCCCCGUGAUCUAGACUGGAUAGACGUCGAUGUCGUCCAAGCCUACGCGGAGAUGGGUUCGCCAGGUGCAGCAGAGACAUCCCAAGUCCACCCUCUCCAUUUCACAAAGUCGAUGGGUGAGCUCGCCGGCGCGGCGGGCGUGGAAAUACGCACCAAUGCCAAGGUGACGAAGCUGCGCACGUCAGCCACAGGCGUCGAGGGCGUCGAGUACCUAGAUCGCAACACGGGAGAGACAAGGGAGAUGAGCCAUGUGACGGACAUAGUCGUGGCAGCAGGCCCGUGGACCGGACGAGUCCUUCCCCGGUCCAAAGUCGAGGGUCUCCGCGCCCACAGUGUCGUGUACGAGGCUGAUGUCAGUGCCUAUGCUGUCUUCACGGAUAUCUCCCUUCCCACCGACUUUGUCCCUGAGCAUCGUGCCAAGAUGGGGCAGUCGAGACGUCAUAGGGGCAACGUCGAUCCGGAAAUGUAUGCCAGGCCAUUUGGCGAAGUCUACGCGUGUGGCGAACCGGAUACCACCGUACCCCUCCCCGAGACGGCCGACCUUGUCCAAGUCGAACAAGCCCAAUGCGAUGACAUAAUAGCCUACAUCGGAACCAUAAGCCCCAUUCUAGGAGCCGCCCCGAUCAAGGCGAAGCAGGCGUGCUACCUGCCCCAGCAUAUCCGCUUCGGCCACGAGAGCGGUCCGCUCAUAGGCAAAACUGCAAUUCCGGGACUGUUCGUCGCGGCGGGACAUACCUGUUGGGGCAUACAAAAUGGUCCAGGGACGGGAAAGCUCAUGUCUGAGUUUGUGUUUGAUGGGGAGGCCAAGAGUGCGAAUAUAUCCAAGCUGGAUCCGAGAAAGUUCAAGGUGAACAAAAAAGAGACUCUGGCGCAGAACUACCGCCGUCUAGGCCUGGCGGCUCGCCUGCGCGGUCCCACAGGCGGCACGGAGAAGCUUCUCAGCAGCAGCAAGGAGGCCGGUGCAUCUGGCCGGCCAGCCAAGCGCAGCGACGUCGACCCGUUCGCCAUCGCGCCUACGAACCAAAAGGCCGUCCUGGGGGAGGCCAAGGUCGAGCGCGACGCCUCGGGUCGGAUCGUCCGCGUCAUCCGUCCGGGUAGCGGCAACGAUGCCAACCCCCUCAACGACCCCCUCAACGAGUACGACUCCGACUCGGACGACGGCACCGGCGCCAAGAAGAAGGGCGCCAAGAUUGACAAUGGCGUCGCCAACUACGAGGAGUGGGGCGGCAUCCGGGAGCAGGGCGACGAGACGGACGUCGUCAGGACGCUCAUGGACGAGGCCAGGAACCCCGCCGAGAAGAAACCCAGGUACCAGUCCUCCCGGGAGAGGGAGUGGCUCACCAGCCUCGUCGACAAGCACGGCGACGAUGUCACCGCCAUGGCCAGGGAUCGCAAGUUGAAUCCCAUGCAGCAGACCGCUGCCGAUAUAGCGAGGCGUCUGAAGAAGCUGAGAAAGGAGUAG